AUGCCUUCCCAGCAACAUCAGCGCCUCAUCGCAGGCAUCAAGUGCGCCUUUGAUGCGCUCGACGUCUGUGUGCCCUCGAACGCCAUCGACAACAUCGCCCACCUCGUCGUGACUUCAAUGACGGGCCCACACCGCGUGUACCACGCCGUCGCACACGUCUUCGACGUCGCACCCAAGGACAUCGCACAAGACCCUGUGGCUUACCUCGCCGCCAUCUUUCACGACGUCGUCUACCUGCAGCUGGACGGCGGCAUUGCGCCCUUCUUCCUGCCCAUCCUCCAGCGCGCACGCCUCCUGCCCGUGCCCCACGCCCACAACCUCCCCUUCACCACCAACGAGACCACAACAACAGCAGCAGCGGCGGCGCAGGCACAGGCCAGUGACAACUCCAGUGUGCAGGCCAUUGUGUCAUCUCCACAGCUAGUUGCGAGCUCGCCUGCUGGUGCGCUGCAGCGUGCAUUUGCCCUGAGCAACCCCGCCGAGCUCGCCCUCAUGGCAGGCGAGGUCAUUAGCGAACACCAACACACAGACAACUUGGCGCUUCUCCCAGCGCAAUCAGGCAUGGCCAGGGCACGGAGCACCAGCAGCUUGGACAGCAUCGACAACCAGGAUGCGGACACGCUCGCACCAACGGACACGAUGAGCAGCGCCCUGCAGACAACACAGUCUUGGUGGAGCCAGGAUGACAGCAGUGCCGAUGUUGCAGCAAUGCCUGCACGACGACGCACGGCUGCGCACCGCAUCUGCUACAAGGUGUUUGGGCACGUGCCCGGCGAGACACUGCCGUUCGAGAUUGGCGCGCAGGGGCUCAACGAGUUCCUGAGCUGCGUCGUUGCUGUGGACAUGCUUGCGCCCUUCCUGGACGAGAUGCAGCUGCUGCACCUGUGCGUGUGCAUUGAGGCGACCAUUCCCUUUCGCACUCAGCACAGCGUCGACAUGCUGUACACCCGGUGCGUGGCCGUGGCAACAGAGGACCUGCUCCUUGCCCCUGCGCAUGCUGCCUUGGCAGCGCGCCGCAUGAUGCACAGCGCGUGCCAGAUGGCCGCCCGCGACGUGGGCAACUUUGCGUAUGCAGACACGCGCGGGUUCCUGGCCAACACGUGGAAGCUGCUGCCUGAGCUCAACCCCGCCCUGCGCGACGCCAAGGCGAUCGCCGUCCAGGAUUGGAUGGCGGCGUUGGCGGGCAACUGGGGCUUCUUCGACUUCCUGCAACACAACCCAGCGCUCAUUUUCCCGCACUUUGAGGGCUGCCGCACGCCAGAGCAACAGCAGCAGUUGGAGGAGCAGGCCGUGCGCAACCUGCAGCGAGGCCGCGCCUACCUUGGCGCACGCCUGCUCAGCGCCAGCAUCGUGCACGCCUUGGCGGCCCAACAGGACACGCAAGCUGUGCAGCUCCUUGCACACGACAGCAGCGACAGCGAUGCAGAAGAGCGCACGUUCGACUUUGAGGAUGGGCGUGCAGGCUGUGUGGCAUAUGUGAAGGAGCUGUUGGGGGCUGGCUUUGAUGAGGUGAUGGGUGACUCCGUAUGCGUUGCGCAGACAUCAUGCAAUGUGUCCCUGCGUGUGCUCGAGUGCCUGGAAGAGCUGCAUGGAGGAGACAGCGCUGAGGCUGUGCUUGGUGGUUGCGUGAAGCAGUGCGUGGCGUUUCACAAGGGGGAGAUGGAUGCUUCUUCCUUUGUGCGUGGUCUGCCUCGGGCUGUUGUCAAUGCUGUUUCCUUCUCGCCAUGA